AUGGAAACCUGCCAAUCCUGGCAGGGAUGUGCCCUCUCAAGGUUUCCAUCCGUGUCACCAUGGAAACUCACAAAUCUGGGCGGAGACAUAGUGCCCUCUCAAGGUUUCCAUCCGUGUCACCAUGGAAACCUGCGGGUCUCGGCAGGAAGCCAAGCAGGUGACAUUUCUUAUCAGAGCCUGGGGUCCCCUAGGGAGGACAGCCAUGAGGAGGAGACUCGGCACCCGCAGGGGUCAGGCAGUGAUCCUUCUAGAACAGGCGGCAGGUGCGCCGGCGGACGGACCACGGGCAGACGAGAGUAG